AUGAAGAGGUAUCCAAUUGUAUUGCGAGACUUAGCAAGAACCACGGGCAACGACGACCCGAACAAACCUCUUUUAUUGUCCACUGUUGAGAAGUACCAGGAGAUAGCCGAUGCGUGCCAGAAGGUGCAUAAGCUCAAGGAGCAGGAACGCCAACUGUUUAGUCUAGAUAUCGAUGGCUUGAGUACUGAGCAGAUCAUGGGGCUUG